CGUACAUGACGAGUGUCACAACGAAAGAUAAAUGUUUCCCACCUUUUUACAAGGAUAUCUGGGAACGGACAGUCAAGCAAUGUCAGGUCAUUCUCGCUGCUGUGAUGACUCUGUGGCAGGAAUCUUAUCGAGCUGGGGGUUACCUUCGAUUAUUGCCAAUCGCCUUAUUAGAUCGGGAAACUACUAUUACUUUUCUCCGAUGACGUUUUCACUAGUUAUCCGAACUUUUCCCGGCGCACAGGAUCGAGAGAAAACGUCUAUCAACUAAACCACUCACGUUCUUGGUGCGGUGCGGUGUUCCGUUGAUAGUUCGUUAAUACUUUCAUGCGCUCACCGAUUCAUUGGCUAAUAAUUUUACAAUGAAAGGAUUCGGUUUUUCCCUAGUCUUUUGCUCUUUCGUCCAUCGCUAUGCCUGCUACAACGUCGGUCAAGCUUAACACCGGUGCUAUUAUGCCCACAGUCGGUCUAGGGACCUGGAAGUCUAAACCCGGAGAAGUAGAGAUUGCAGUCGAGUUUGCCUUGAAGAAUGGCUAUAGACACAUCGAUACCGCAGCUGGCUAUCAAAACGAGAAAGAAGUUGGUCAGGGCUUGAAAGCAUCCGGUGUACCAAGAGAAGAGAUUUUUGUCACAACGAAGCUCGACAACCCCGAUCAUAGGAACGUUGCACAGGCUCUUGAAACAUCUCUUUCUAAACUGGAUACGCCAUACAUUGAUCUCUGGCUCAUGCAUUGGCCUGCUCCUAUGACCCGAGAUGGUAAAGCUGACAAGGCGUACGAUUGGCUUGAUACCUGGAAGGAUAUGGAAGACAUCCAUCUUGCUCACCCGCAGAAGCUGAGGGCUAUUGGUGUAUCCAAUUUCUCAGUGGAGUAUCUCGAAAGGCUCACUAAGUCUGCUCGGGUCACACCUGCUGUUAAUCAAAUCGAGCUUCACCCAUCCUGUCCUCAAGAUGAUGUGGUCGAGUACUGUCAAUCAAAAGGGAUAACCUUGACUGCGUACUCGCCAUUAGGCUCUGACAAUUCACCUUUACUCAAGAACACUGUCGUCAAUUCUAUUGCGCAAAAGUACAAAGUACAGCCCGCCAAUAUCUUGAUUUCGCUACAGGCGAACAAGCCAGGACAUACAGUUUUGCCCAAAUCUGUGACCAACCAUCGUAUCCUGAACAACUUCACGAUCGUAGACCUUACUGAUGAAGAAAUUAGCGACCUACACAAAAUCGAUGAAACACAUCACUUCCGCGCCUGUCAUCCCGCCUGGACUGGUUGGGGUAGCAUCGGCUUCCCUGAUUGUAAGUAAUGCUCUAGCAGAAUGGGUUAGAAAGAAGUGGCCCUACGUUAAUUGCUCUACUGCGUCUGGAAAUGCCAUGGUAGUCAACUGACGUAGUAUGCUACCUGUUCGUUGUCUUGUAUGGUGUCCACAUUUCUACGAUGUAAUGGUCAUACAAUAGCCUGACAAUAACGCAAAUUUAAACUUCUCG